CGGUAGAAAAGCCAAAGCGCAAUGUCCCCAACGGCUGGCCGCGCGCUCACUUGCCCUUCUCGUUGAGCCAUUCCUCUUGCAGAGUAGUUCUUGAGAGUUGAGAGCCCAGGCCUUGGAGCUGUUUGGUCCUCGUAUCCGGCCGACCAACUUGGAAGUGUUAGGAUUUGUCGCCGGGUAGGAGAAGUUGCAGGGUCCAUCUUGCUACCCUGAAAUGGCUUUUUGACAUGAGUUGAUUUGACGAAUCAAGUCCAAUGGGAGAACGCUCCAAGGAGAGAGGCCUUCCUCCCCAGCUGCUAAUCCUCAUCCCAGACGAGAGAGAAUGGAAGGUGGAGGAAGCAGGAGGAGGAUCAAGAGGCAUAAGCUUCGGCGCCGAAGAGGACAAUAAGCUGGAACUUAAGCUUGGCCUUCCUGGCGUCCAGCAAGAUCAGGGAGCAGCUGGUUCAAGGGAGCAGAAGAUACAUCAGCAACUGCAAGCAGAGAGCUGCUCGGAGCUCUCUCUCGGCUGCUUCCCUGCGCAUUCCAAGCUCCCCAACACUGGGGCGAAGAGAGGGUUCUUUGACACCGUUGUGGCCAAACCAGAAGGUUGUAGCCUGCAGGACACGGAAGGGUGUGGCAAUGAGUGGGUUGAGUUGAGAUUAGGAGGUGAAAAUAUGUCAGGUGAGAGGAAGAAAGGAUGCUGUCCCCCACCAUCAUCAUCACAUGGCUCAGCAGCUGCAGCUGCACCUGUGCACAACAGCAGCAGCAGCAGCAGCAGCCCCCAGGGGAGAGCUGCUGUUCUUCCGGCAGUCGGUUGGCCUCCAGUCCGAUCCUUUAGGAGAAACCUUGCACAUGGGAGUUCAUCUAAGCAAUCCCCUGAGCGACAAAACAAUGAAGAUGACGGCAAGGCGAAGCUAAUCUGCAAGAAGAGUCCGCUUGUCAAAAUAAACAUGGAUGGGAUCCCUAUUGGGAGGAAAGUAGACCUCCUCGCAUACGACAGCUAUCAGAAGCUGUCAUCUGCCAUCAAAGAAUUGUUCCAUGGCUUUCUUGAAGCUCAGAAGGAUCUGUCUUGUGCUGAAAGUGGAGAGCAGGGAGCAGAAGUGAAAUUGUUUUCAGGGUUGCUUGAUGGAACCGGUGAAUACACCUUAGUGUACGAAGACAAUGAAGGAAACAGGAUGCUAAUCAGGGACAUACCAUGGAGCGCGUUUGUUUCAACUGCUAAGAGACUGAGGGUUAUGAGGAGGUCAGAGCUUCCUCGUGGCCUGAUUGGAGCUGUCUCUGGGAGAGUAGCAGAUUGCUGAAUGAGGAUUCAUGCAUUUCCCUGAUGCAAACGGCAGUUCAUCACAUUUUUGGAGAUCAACCGUCUUUAGUGUGUAGAGAUAUCAAUGCAUCGAGACGCACAGCUUUUUGCGCUUUCUUGGGGAAAAAAAUCUUGGAGAGAGAUGAAUCUAAUAAGGAAAAAAAAUCAUCAUGCAGCUGCAGUGGACACUGCAUAUUUUGCAAAAUACCCUACUCUGUCUCGAAAGUAGUGUUGAUAAGUGCAACUCUAUAUGUUUUAGGUUUAUUAAAGGUGUUGAAAGUGUAUUCAGCGUGAUGUGAUACAAUUAUCUCCUUAGCUGCACUCAUGUGCAGGAUGCAGACCUAAUGAUAAGAUCCCCAAUGGUGCCUGACUUGUCGAGUUCUUAGCCGCUGUGAACGCAUGGGCAAGUGAACAACUAUAUACAAUGCUGGUUGCCCGUCAA